AUGAAGACGCUGUGCUCGCAGGCCUUUGGGGCCAAAGACUACAAUCUAUUGGGCAAAUACGUCUUGGGCACUAUUGUGACAGCAGGCGUCACUGAUCGCUUGCGGGAUUUAAUGCCGCUUAUCAUUGCUGUGGCUUUGCCACGCAGCAAAAUGUGCAGCCAACGUGUUAUGGUAGUUCUCAAUAGCUUCUUAGUCGUUGGACUUACGCAAGGCCAGUUCAGACUGCCAGAGCUCCGCUUUGUUCGGUGUCCGAAGGGCACAGCAAUGGCGCUCUUCUUGAGACUUGUCGGUUAUGUCGUGUACAUGGAUUUGUACCGCAAGUUCCACCAUCGCUGCGCCUGA